CUUCACCAUCAGUCAUCCAACAUGCUUAUACAUGGACUGAAUACUGAGGAGAGUGGUGUAUACGACGGCAGCAAGAUAGACCAUCGCCAACAAGAGCAAACCAUCUUGAUGCUUGAGCUACCCACUUCCUUCACGUCGUGAAAUUGGCCAGUGUCACUGACCGCCACAUGGUGUUGUCGUGACACCAUGAAUGCACCAAGCCGUGAGCUGUAUCGCGAACCCACCUUGCCAUUUUCAAGCCAUUUCACUGUUUGGUAUAUGAUGUUCGACGCCCUCGAGAGCAGAAUGAUCGUAGUGCCUGUCAACUACAGCUCACCAGCCCAACUGCCCUGUUCUAGGUCUUUGUCAAUCGCCUUAUUGUGCCUCUCGGGAUUGCCUCAACACCAUGUUCAAACCUCUUGGCGGACUCCUAUGGAGUCUACUUCUGAGCAGUCUCGCCCAUGGUAGUCCACUAGCAGAGUCCCAACCACACGUCCUGGGGGCUAGGCAGUCAUGCAACACCGCCUCCAACAGACAAUGCUGGACGAGCUCCUUCAAUAUCACCACGGACUAUGAAGCACAUGUGCCCGAGACCGGUGUUACGAGACAAUAUACCUUGACCUUGACCGAACAAAGCACUUGGAGAGGGGGUGAUGGGCGGUUGAAGUACAGUGCAAUGCUUGUCAAUGGCCAAUUUCCAGGUCCAACCAUUAGCGCAAACUGGGGCGACCGACUCCAGAUCACCGUCAUCAACAAUAUGAGAUCCAACGGCACCUCGAUCCACUAUCACGGCCUUCGCAUGCUCAACGCCAACACUCAAGACGGUGUCAACGGGGUUACCGAAUGCCCCAUUCCUCCUGGAAGCAGAAAGACCUACACAUUCCUCGCCAACCAGUACGGCACAGCUUGGUACCAUUCUCACUUCCCGCUCCAGUACGGAAACGGUGUUCUUGGACCCAUCGUCAUCAAGGGACCCGCAUCCGCCGACUACGACACCGAUCUUGGACCACUCGUUCUCUCGGACUGGUACUAUGGUUCCGUUUUCGAGAUUGCCCACCGCGUCAACAAUCCCAGCAAUCCCUUCAUUCCCAACUUUCCCGGCUCCCCUCCUGCCAGCGACAAUGUUCUCUUCAAUGGCCGUAACAUCAACCCCGACGGCUCCGGUGGUACCUACACCCGCAAGACGCUGACCAAGGGCAAGAAACACCUCCUUCGACUCAUCAACACUUCCCUCCAAAACGCCUUCACCGUCAGUCUUGUAGGGCACACCUUCCAAGUUGUUGCCACCGACAUGGUCCCCAUCAAGCCCAUCACGCGCAACCAUCUCUUCCUCGGCAUUGGCCAGCGCUACGACGUCAUCAUCAAUGCCAACCAGCCGACUGCCAACUACUGGUUCAACGCGACCUUCUCCGCCCUACCCUGCGGCCAAUCCGACAACCCUUACCCAGCCGCCAUCUUCUCCUACUCCGGCGCCUCCUCCGCCUCCCUGCCCACACAACGCGGCGUCGCCCCUCCAGACUCCCGCUGCGCCGCACCCGAACGAGAUUACUCGCCUAUCAUCUCCCGUUCCGCGGACGUCAACUCCUUCGCCCCCACCACAUCCCACACCCUCAAUGUUGAUUUGACGAUAGACAACUCCCAAGCCCGCGUCUUCUGGCCCGUCAACAACUCGCCCCUGCGCGUCAACUGGCAGGAACCCACGCUGCGCUACGUAGCGAACAACACUCUCUCCUCUGUCCCGCGCUCUCGCAACUUGAUCCAAAUCCCCGGGUCUAAUACCUUGACGUACUUUUUGUUGCAAAAUAACUCGCCCAUCCCGCAUCCUAUCCACCUCCAUGGCCACGACGUCAUGAUCCUCGGUAGCUCCCCGCCCCUAGCCGAUCCGCUGGCGGAGACGCAGAUAAGGGAGUAUAACCCCAAUACGGAUAAGUCCACCUUGAAGGGAAACAAUCCCCCGAGGAGAGACACUACAAUGUUGCCGGCUUGGGGAUGGUUGCUGGUGGCUUGGAGGACGAACAAUCCUGGGGUGUGGCUGUUUCACUGUCAUGUGGGGUGGCAUGUUAGUCAGGGGCUGGGGGUGCAGGUGUUGGAGAGGCUGGAUGCUUUGAGGGAUGGGGGUGGGGGAAGUUUGGGGACGGUUGAACAGAAUUGUGGGAAUUGGGCGGGUUGGUACCCGGGAAGUACGUGGAAGCAGGAUGAUGCUGGGUUGUAGUCUUGAGGUCAAGAGAGGGGGUAAGAGAAGAGGUGGAGGGGAUAAGGGAAACAUUUGGAGGAUAUAAUGAGAAACUGGAGCGACUAGAGAGAGUACUCAGGGGCUUACUUUUCAUAUGGGUAUUGGUAAUCAGUUGUUAUCUUCGAGUGUCUUGUACGAGUUGGUGUCCCUGGCGAUUGGUGUGACAACCCUAACCCUGUCUUGAAGGAAGGCGUCGUUGACCACAGACAUGGAGGUGAUGAUAUGACACCUUCAGGGAUCAGAGGCAACCGACCAAUAGGCGCGAC